AACAGCAGGAACUGCCCUGGGGGAGAACCCCAGCACAAGAGACAGGUGUCGCAGUGCUGAACCCGUCCCUGGCGCGGAGACUCAAAACGCGGAAGUCACCAGCAGAUGGCUCACCUUCAGCUCGCUCCCAGAGCCUGUUGGGGAAAAGGCUGGGUUCAGUGACACGGGAGAUUAGAGCACCUUGCGAAGCGUUUCACAAACACACGUAUUUAUUUUCCUCUCGAAAAGCCCACAGUGUACGUCUCCGGAGCCAUUUAUGAUUCUUACGCGGCUGCAACUUUUUGCAUAAUUGCCCUUUCCUCCGAACUAAAGAGAAGAAAAACCCCAUUAGGUCGGGGAGCGGCUUAAAACCUGCGGGGCGGAGAUCUUGACACCAAUUUUACACCUGAGUGAAAGGUCGCUGGGGAAAGGCAGGAAUCUCGGGGAAAAUGGCGACGAAUGGAGACAUUGCUUUGCUAAUGUCCAGUUUGGAUAAUAACUAAAGCAGCUGGGGGACGGCUACACGUCCAUCUGCCCAUUGCUUCAGCAGCAGGACGAAGAAGGCGGACAAAGUACAGAGCGACAUGUCAGCCUCGGAACUUUACAGCAAGUAUACAAAGGUUUGGAUCCCUGAUCCAGAGGAUGUUUGGAAAUCAGCAGAAAUCACCAAGGAUUACAAAGAUGGUGAUGAGAUCCUACAUCUUAAACUGGAAGAUGAAAUGCCACUGGAGUAUUCCAUCAAUUCCAAUGCAGAGCAGUUACCUUUCCUGCGCAAUCCGGAUAUACUGGUAGGUGAGAAUGACCUGACUGCUCUCAGUUACCUUCAUGAACCUGCAGUACUCCAUAACCUAAAGGUCCGAUUCCUGGAGUCCAAUGCCAUAUACACGUAUUGUGGUAUUGUCCUGGUUGCUAUUAAUCCUUAUGAACAGCUGCCAAUUUAUGGAGAAGAUGUCAUUCAUGCAUAUAGUGGACAGAACAUGGGGGACAUGGAUCCUCAUAUCUUCGCAGUUGCUGAAGAAGCAUACAAGCAGAUGGCAAGAGAUGAGAAAAAUCAAUCUAUUAUUGUCAGUGGGGAGUCUGGAGCUGGAAAAACAGUCUCUGCAAAGUACGCCAUGCGCUAUUUUGCCACCGUUGGUGGAUCAGCCAGUGAAACAAAUGUUGAAGAAAAAGUACUGGCCUCAAGUCCAAUAAUGGAGGCCAUUGGUAAUGCGAAAACGACAAGGAAUGAUAACAGCAGUCGCUUUGGGAAAUACAUCCAAAUUGGUUUUGACCGACAAUAUUAUAUAAUUGGUGCCAAUAUGCGAACCUAUCUGCUGGAAAAGUCCAGAGUGGUUUUCCAGGCAGAAGAUGAACGUAACUACCAUAUCUUCUACCAGUUGUGUGCCUCGGCCAAUCGACCCGAUUUCAAAGAACUGAAACUAAGCAGUGCGGAAGACUAUUUUUAUGCCACACAGGGUGGUAACACAGAAAUAGAUGGAGUUAAUGAUGCUGAGGAUUUUGAGAGGACAUGGAAUGCUUUCACACUACUUGGUGUAAAGGAUGCACACCAGAUGAACAUUUACAGAGUAAUCGCUUCAAUUCUCCACCUGGGAAAUGUGGAAAUAGUGUCUGAAAGAGAUGUAGACACUUGUGGUGUUGCUAGAAACGAUGAGCACUUGAACUAUUUCUGUGAUUUACUGGGAGUAGAGCACGAUCAGAUGGAGCACUGGCUGUGCCACCGCAAGCUUGUCACAACGUCUGAGACUUACGUCAAAACUAUGUCCAAGCAGCAUGCCAUCAAUGCCAGAAAUGCCCUAGCCAAGCACAUCUACGCCCAACUCUUCAACUGGAUUGUGGAUCACAUCAAUAAAGCACUGUACACGACCAGUAAACAGCACUCAUUCAUUGGAGUACUGGAUAUUUACGGGUUUGAAACAUUUGAAAUUAAUAGUUUUGAACAGUUUUGCAUCAAUUAUGCCAAUGAAAAAUUACAGCAGCAAUUUAACCUGCAUGUCUUCAAACUGGAACAGGAGGAAUACAUGAAGGAGCAGAUACCAUGGACUCUAAUUGACUUCUCUGACAACCAACCAUGCAUUGAUCUUAUUGAGGCAAAAUUGGGCAUUUUAGAUCUGUUGGAUGAGGAAUGUAAGAUGCCGAAAGGGACAGACCAGAGCUGGGCCCAGAAGCUCUAUGACCGCCAUUCAAGCAGUCUGCACUUUCAGAAGCCCCGGAUGUCCAACAUGGCCUUUGUUGUUAUACAUUUUGCUGAUAAGGUGGAGUAUCAGUGUGAUGGGUUCCUGGAGAAAAACCGCGACACAGUACACGAAGAACAGAUCAACAUACUGAAGGCCAGCAAGUAUCAGCUGGUAGCUGACCUCUUCCAGGGAGAGAAGGAACCUGCGACUUCCAACAUAAAGACGAAAACUUCGAAAAUAAGCAUUCGACCACUCAAACCUGCCAUGAAAGCACCCAAUAAAGAGCACAAGAAAACAGUUGGACUUCAGUUUCGGAACUCUUUGCAACUACUCAUGGAAACCCUGAAUGCUACAACACCGCACUACGUCCGCUGCAUCAAGCCAAAUGAUGAGAAAUCUGCAUUCUCGUUUGACGCCAAGCGUGCUGUACAGCAGCUCCGGGCCUGUGGGGUUUUGGAGACUAUUCGUAUCAGUGCUGCAGGUUACCCAUCAAGGUGGACGUACCAUGAGUUCUUCAACCGAUACAGAGUCCUAAUGACCAAGAAGAACAUAAUAUUAAAUGAUAAGAAAGAGACUUGUAAGAGACUUCUUGAAAUUGUUAUCAAGGAUCCUGAUAAAUUCCAGUUUGGCCGAUCCAAAAUCUUCUUCCGUGCUGGUCAGGUGGCAUAUCUGGAGAAACUGCGAGCAGAUAAGUUCCGAGCUGCAUGUAUGAUGAUACAAAAGACUGUUCGUGGUUGGUUACAGAGAACUAAGUACAGGCGGAUGAGGAAGGCUGCCAUCACUAUUCAGAAACAUAUUCGGGGCUACCAAGCUCGCAGGUGGGUGGAUUUGCUGCGAAAAACAAGAGCUGCGGUCAUUUUUCAGAAGCAGUAUAGGAUGCAUGUUGUGCGACGAAAGUACCUGCAUAUUCGCAAUGCGGCCGUCACGAUUCAGGCUUACACUCGUGGAACGUUUGUCAGGCGGGUGUACCAUGAGUUGCUACGGCAACACAAAGCCAGUAUUAUUCAGAAAUAUGUAAGGGGUUGGAUAGCCCGGAAGAGGUUCUCCAGGAUACGCAAUGCGGUCAUCUACCUCCAGUGCUGCUAUAGGCGCAUGAAGGCACGCCGUGAGUUAAAGACACUGAAGAUUGAAGCCAGGUCAGUAGAACACUACAAGAAACUCACCAGUGGGAUGGAAAAUAAAGUGGUCCAGCUUCAAAGAAAGGUCGACGUUCAGAACAAGGAACACAAGGCAAUGACUGAGCAGUUGAUGGCAGUGAAUACAGCACAAGCUACCGAAAUCGAUAAACUUAACAAGGAGUUGGACCGAUGGCGUGAACAACAGGGUGACAAGAACCGAGAAACUAGCUUACAGGAAGAAAUUGAGAAACUCCGCAAGGAGCUUGGGAAAUCCCAGACUGAACGCAAAAUCCUGGAAGACACUUACACCAGGGAAAAGGCAGAACUUCAGCAGCGUGUACUAGAUUUGGAAAAGGAGAACACAUUGCUGAAGGAUGAGAAAGACAAACUGAACCAGAGCAUCAAGAAUGAGUCGAAGGAUGUAGCAGAAAAACUCUCUCAGAAGACAGCAAAGGAAAGUGAGCUGGCAAAGAAGGAGUUGGAGGAAGAACGCUCUCGUUAUCAAAACCUCCUGAAAGAGUAUUCCCGUCUGGAGCAGCGCUAUGACAAUCUGCAGGAGGAGAUAAAUUUAAUUAAGCAUACUCCGGGCCACAGGAGAAAUCCCUCCAAUCAAAGUAGUCUUGGAUCAGAUUCUAACUACCCUUCUGUCUCUACGUCUGAGGUUGGGGAUACAGAGGAUGCAGUGCAGCUGGUGGAGGAAGCUGGCUUGGAGAAUGCUGCCAUGGACAUGACUAUAUUCUUGAAACUACAGAAACGAGUGCGGGAACUGGAGCAGGAAAGAAAGUUACUGCGUGCAGAGAUUGAACGAAAAGAAGCAGCAGAAACUAAAAAGGCAAAUGAAUACAAUAGCAUCCCGGAGAAUGAACAAGCAGCAGAUUUGGCUUAUGACAGUUUAAAGCGACAAGAGCUAGAAUCUGAAAACAAGAAGCUGAAGAAUGAACUCAAUGAGCUAAGAAAAGCAAUAGCAGAGAAGGCAAUCGGGGAGAAUCCAACUAAUGAUGAGGAAAAUGCAUACAGUGUACUGCUAAAUCAGCUGAGGGCUGCCAGUGAGGAGCUAGAGGUGCGCAAGGAGGAGGUUCUCUUGUUGAGAACUCAAAUUGUUGAUGCUGCUCAUCAGAAGGAAGUGGUGGGAAACAUGGAUAAUGUGACUGAGAAAUAUGAAUGGAAACGAAGUGAUGAAAACACAGAGAAAGAUGAUGUCAUUGAGGCUUACAAUGGUAUUUGUGAGACUAACAGCCAGGCUGAGGACUGGCGAUACCUCAAUGAAGAUGGCGAACUAGGCCUAGCAUAUCAAGGCCUAAAAGAAGUUGCCAGGCUGCUGGAGGCACAGUUGCAGUCUCAGAUCAGACAACAUGAGGAAGAAGUGGGAAGAAUGCAGAAUCAUAUUGAGGUUCUGAAGGAGGAUUUGGAAAAGCAACAGCAGGUCCUCACACAGACACUACAGAUGUCUCCAGAAGCACGCAUUGAGUAUAAUGUGCAGCAGGAGAUCACACGCCUCACCAAUGAGAAUCUGGAUCUUAAAGAACUGGUAGAGAAACAGGAAAAGAAUGAGAAGAAACUGAAGAAGCAACUCAAGAUCCACAUGAAGAAAGUUCAAGAGCUUGAAGCAAGGACCUUCGUGCAGAAGGAGUCAAGGCCUGAGCUAACCAGACAGGUCACUGUGCAACGGAAAGAGAAGGAGUUCCAGGGGAUGCUGGAAUACUACAAGGAUGAUGAAUCCCUGCUUAUUCGCAACCUCAUCGCAGACCUGAAACCUCCAGCAGUGUCUGCCACAGUACCAGGUCUGCCUGCAUACAUCCUCUUCAUGUGCCUUAGACAUGCAGAUUACAUCAAUGAUGAUCAGAAGGUCCACUCACUCCUCUCUAGUACCAUCAAUGGCAUCAAGAAAGUGUUAAAGAAACAUAACGAUGACUUUGAAAUAACGUCAUUUUGGUUGUCCAACAGUUGUCGCCUCCUACACUGUUUAAAACAAUACAGUGGAGAUGAAGAUUUUAUGAAGCAGAAUAAUGCACGUCAGAAUGAGCACAGUCUCAAGAACUUUGACCUCACGGAGUAUCGUCAGCUUCUGAGUGAUCUUUCUAUUCAGAUCUAUCAACAGCUGAUUAAGGUUGCAGAAAAUCUUCUUCAAAGCAUGAUAGGUACAGCAGCCAGGCCACUACUGGAUGCAGAGAAGCUCUUCUCCUGCAGCAGCACCCAAAUAGAAGAGAAUGGGAUUGAGAAAACGACAUGCCGGUACAACAUUAGUCAGUUAGAAGAGUGGCUCAGAGGAAAAAAUUUACAUCAGAGUGGGACCAUGAAGACAAUGGAGCCUCUAAUCCAGGCAGCUCAGCUACUUCAAGUGAAGAAGAAAACAAGUGAUGAUGCUGCAGCCAUCUGUUCAAUGUGUACAGAUCUUAGCCCACAGCAGAUUGUCAAGAUUUUAAACCUCUACACACCAGUGAAUGAAUUUGAAGAACGUGUAACAGUAGCGUUCAUUAGAAACAUUCAGUCCUGUUUACAAGACCGCAAUGAACCGCCUCAACUUUUAAUGGACUUCAAACACAUGUUUCCUGUAAUCUUUCCGUACAACCCUUCUGCACUCAACCUGGAUACCAUUCACAUCCCAGCAAAUUUGAACUUAACUUUCCUCAAUAGAGUAUAGAACAAAGUUGUAUAUGUGAAAGGAGGAAUGGAGAGAGAAGAUUGCAGGAUCUUGGAUAAUUGAUGUCUUUCAAUCAAAAGUUAUUAUGGAGAGAAAUAAUUGCACAAGACCUGUUCAAAAAGAAACAAAAAUGAUCGAGCACCACUACAAAAAAUAUGUCUCCAAGAGGCCAUUUGAGAUGCAGUCAGCAGGAACAGCUAACCGAUGACUAUUUAUUGUGUCAGAUGUUUAAAGAAAAAAAUCAAAGGUGAUGUUUUCAUGAAUAGUGUAUUUGUAACAAAAAGAAAGUACUGGGAUUCAUGUGCUUUUUGAAUAUUUAACAAAUCUGUUUUCAUUAUGCUUCUUUGCAAAGUUGAAGCAUGAAGUGGAAUCUUUCUUUUGCAUUUAUAGUCAGAGUGGGAACAUUAUAGGUAAAUAAUGUACAGUACAGAUAAAAGAAAAUGACUGGAAAAUACAAACAAGAAGGGGCUUUGAUUCUGUUCAGUGUGUGUACCUAGUUUGGAACUGGUAUCACCUUUCUGCUAGACGCAUAAAUAAUUCCUUAUCCUUGCUGCAACCAUAGCCGUGGGCUUGUUUUAAGAGUUGUGUAAUUUAUUAUUUCAGUUGUUAAUUACACUGCUCCUAUCCCUGCUUCUUUGAUUCUUGGACCGAGAGAGAUUUUGAGCUAGUUGGUGCGCACUUACAUUGUGGACUUGACUCCUAAAUGAAGAUCAGCUUAGCUUUGUAUUGUAUUUGACUCCUUAAGAGUUGGUCAGCUCAGUGAUGCCGACACCAUGGGUUCAAUUCCUAUAAUAGCUGAGGUCACCACUAAGGUCCAAACUUCUCGACCUUGCCCCUCACCUGAGGCAUGGUAACUCUCAGAUUAAACUCACCCACCAGUCAUUUCUCUCUCUCGUGAUAAACAAGCCCUGUGAACCUCUGGGACUUUGGCAACUUUACCUUUAUCUAUUUGCCUCUCAAAGUAUAUAUGUGGCAAUGCUGUGCAUAAUCCCUUGAAACAAUGACAUUUAACCAUAGCCAAAAUUGUACUGUGUCCAAUUGAUAUCUAAAUGGUUUAAUCAUUAAGAUGGGCAGCACAGUGGCCCGGUGGUUAGCACCAUUGCCUCAGAGCACCAGGAACCCAGGAUCAAUUCCAGCUUCAG